AUGAGCCAUCCUAUCAAAGAUUUGAGUUAUGCGAUGGACCAGUGGCUUGCUGGUCAAACCACUCCUCCCGGCCCUCCUUGGUCCCCCAUCACUCCGCCGAUGGCCCCACUGGAUCCUGUCGCUGUUGACGGCGACAGCCUCCUCCCUCCUCCUCUUGUGGCGAUCCCAGCCCCUCCUCUCUCAGCAGUUACGGCUGCCCAAAUCUACCAGCCGCAGCCUACACCUGUGCCGAUAUCAGAGAGCGAGAACCCCGAUGCGAUUGCUCUUCGCUCUGCUCUGUCGAUUCUCCAGAUGCAGAAGCAGCAAGCCCUCCGUGACAUCCAACGCCUAGAUCGCCUGAAGGAGGCCGCCUCUGUGGACCCAGAAGGGUUCGCACGCGAACUGGCCGCUGGACACCUCACCGCUGAGUCGAACAGCGGAUCAGUGAUUCAGUUCACCGACGAGGGGGAAAAAGGUUUCGGGCGCAUCCCCCCGCCCCAAAAUGUGAUUCGCAUGCCGCCCAUCAACUGGGCCAAGUAUCAGAUUGUCGGCGAGUCCCUGGACCGACUUCAUGACGAACAGCUCCGUCGCCCGAGCUCGGGAGAGCCAUACACCUCGGAUGUGCUUUUGGCGGCCCCUGUUCGUUUAGACGGGGUCAAGACAACUUGA